GAUGUCGGGCUUGCGAGAAGGAGAGCUGGUGAUUGCCUCGUGGCUUCCACUCAAAUAUUCGUACGGUGACUUCAUUACACACAGAGACAGAGGCGGAGGGGCCACGAACAAGAAGAAGAACUUCUGAUAUUUUCUUCUUAUUAAUUUUAGAAAAUUGUUUUCCUGAAGCUUUUUGUUUCAUGUUUAUGCUUCAAUUGCAAUUGGAAUUACAUUAAUUUUUUGUUUUCUUCAUUCCUGCUCGCUUUUGCUUUCAAGAAUAUUCUGUUGAAGAGAAAUUCUCACGCUUUCUUUACUUUUUUGAUCUGGGAUCGGAGUUCGUAGCUUAAAUUUUGAUCCCAUUGUUUCAAAAUUUGUGAUUGCGUCUGCAAUGGACGAGUUUGGGGUAUUAACCGAAAGAUAUGGAUUGAAACCGCAAGGAAAAUCGGCUCCAAUGGCUGCAUCUAAGCCAACUGCCUCUUCAAACACCUUCCAGUCUCGGAAUUCCGGGUUUAAUUCUGGUUUCAAUGGCAAGUCCUCCUUCGAUUCUGGUUUUGGUGACCUAUCUUUUCAAAAGAACACUAAACCCGACUCUUACGAUGAUUUUUUCGGGAGUCUCAAUCAGUCAACGAAACAUUCGGGGAAUCCUGGAAGUUCUCCGUCUUCUUUUGACUACGAUUCGAUAUUUUUUGGGUCGAAGAAUUCAGAUCCAAGCUAUGAUGAUGUUUUUGAUGGGAUUCCUGGAUUCAAGAGCUCGGUUACAGCGAAGAAGGAGGAUCCGGUCCGAUCAUUCCCCUCGUCUUUGAAUCAAACCUCUCAAAUUGAUGAUUUGUUUGGUGAUUUUAGCAGCAAUGUGGCAAAAACAACUCCGAAGCCCAACGGAUUAAAAAAUGCAGCAAAUAACGCAGCCCCUUUUGAUGGAUUGAUUUCUGGCUUUGGUGAUGGCAAUUCUCGAAUUAACAGAGCAAGUAUGCAGGACAGUCUGACUCCGCCAUCAACGUCUCAUACUAAAUCAACUUUUAGUUCAGCCAAAGAUCCUUUUAUAGAACUAGAAUCAGCUUCUUAUAAUUCAUCUGAGGCUUUUCCAGAUCCGCUUGAGGAAACUGCCAAGUUCAAUAAUUCUGGAGGUACAAAAUUUGACAGCUCCUCCAAUUCUUCCCCACCAUUCAGGGUUCCUCCAGUACCAAAGCCAGGUCAUAAGGCAGUUAAAGUUAAGAGCUCCUCUUCCUCUCCUAUAGAGGAAUUGGAGGACUUUGCAAAGGGGAAGGUGCGGAAUAACAGUGAAGGGAAAGUGGAUGCCUCGACACGCACAACAAAUAGAACUAGUAAAGAUGCACAUGCUGCAGGAGUAGAUCAUCAACAGACUAUUGACGAUCUGGACUCCUUUUUCAAUGUGGGUCCUCGAUCAAAGAGUGCUCCAAGGUCACGAACAACAACUUUGGAUCCUCUAUUUGAAGUUCCUAAAUACAACAAACCACCUGAAAUACCCAAACCUGCUCCUUCGGCAGUUUUGUCCCACAUAAAGAAAUCUUCUUCUGCUGUAAAUCUUGUGGAUGAUUUUUUUUUCGGAGAUGCUCCUUCAUUUGGACAUUUUGAAGAAGUUGACGGAGAGAGUGAAGAAAGAAGAAGAGCUAGACUGAGGCGUCUACAGAGGACCCAAGAGCGUGCAGCCAGAGCAGUGGCUGAUUUGAAUCAGCGUGACUUUCAAACACAGCACGAGCAAGAAGAGAAGCGUAGGAUUGCUGAAUCUUUAGAUAUUGAUAUCAAGCGCUGGGCUGCUGGGAAGGAAGGCAACAUGCGUGCACUUUUAUCAUCAUUGCAAUAUGUUCUAUGGUCCGGAAGUGGUUGGGAGCCAGUUUCAUUGACAGAGAUGAUUACUUCAACCUCAGUUAAAAAAGUUUAUAGGAAGGCAGUCUUGUGCAUUCAUCCAGAUAAGGUUCAACAGAAGGGUGCCAGUAUUGAACAGAAAUAUACAGCAGAGAAGGUUUUUGAUAUCCUUAAGGAAGCCUGGAAUAAAUUCAGCAAAGAGGAACUUUAGACACACCUCGGAUGAUUGUUUUCUUCAACUACCAUGUCACUUGUAAACUAUGAAUAUCCUAAUCAUGGAGAGACGACAAGACUAGCGUGGCAAAGUCUGUCUGCUGUCUGCAGGUCAGUCUUGAGGCCGUCUGGUGACCGAUAUCAUGUUCAACAUGUUCUCAGAGAAAGAUCUAAUAGGUCGUGAAUGCUUGACAUUGGGGUAAUACCAGAAAUUUGUAUUCCAUAGGCUAAAGCAUAGUUUCAUACCCAAUUGAUGUUGUGAUUUAUAUGGUUUCACAAUCAAAUAGUGCUCAUAAUUCUUUAAAUUUGUGCCAGAUUCAUUGCUUUUGUAGAGUUUUAUUUCUUCUAUUUUCUUCUUUCUUUCUCCUGGAAGGAGUUGUGGAUUAAAAGUUGGAACAUCUUUUUUUUUAUCUUUGUUUUGUAAACCGUACUUGGUGAAGUGUA